AUGAGUAAAGUUAUAAAACCACCGGCCGCGGCGAGGACCGCGGAUUUCCGCACUCUGGAAAGAGAAAAUAGGUUCAAAAAUCCACCAAAAGAUAAAUCUGCAUAUCCUCUUCUCCAGGAGGCCGUUGAGCCCCAUAUAGGCUCGUUCAAUGCGCUUACUGAGGGGCCAGAUGGCGGCCUGCUUAACCAAGCAGUCAAAGACAUUGGAGAAAAGGUCAUUUUCGAUGGAGCCAAAUCGGUUGACAACCCAGAUUACAUGGGCAACAAGCUCUCUCUAAGCGUCGAACAGGUGUCCAUUGCGAAACCAACGUCCAACGAUGGUGUCUCAUCCGCUGUCGAGCGUAAAAUUUUCCCAGCCGAAUCCAGACAAAGGCUAUCUUCGUACAGAGGCAAGCUGUUGCUGAAACUCAAAUGGUCCGUCAACAACGGCGAAGAAACGCUCACGGAAAUUAAAGAUUGCGGGGGGCUUCCCGUGAUGCUAAAGUCCAAUCGAUGCCACUUAAACAAAAUGUCGCCAAAUGAUCUAGUUCAGCAUAAGGAGGAGAGUGACGAACUGGGGGGCUACUUUAUUAUCAACGGUAUCGAGAAGCUGAUCAGAAUGCUUAUCGUUCAGCGUAGAAAUCAUCCGAUGGCCAUCAUCAGACCCUCUUUCGCCGACAGAGGCGCAUCGUACUCCCAGUACGGUAUCCAGAUACGUUCUGUGAGAGCCGAUCAGACCUCCCAAACCAAUGUUUUGCACUACUUAAACGAUGGAGAAGUGACUUUCAGAUUCUCUUGGAGGAAGAAUGAGUAUCUCAUACCCGUAGUGAUGAUUUUGAAGGCGCUGUGUGAACUCAAUGAUAGAGAAGUUUUUGACGGAAUUGUCGGUUCUGACACUUCCAACUCGUUUUUGACCGAUCGUUUGGAAUUGUUGCUUCGCAGUCACAAGAAAAAGUACGGCCAGCUCCACAACCGCCGCCAAGCUCUACAAUAUCUGGGUGACAAAUUCCGUAUUGUUCUUCAAGCUGCUCCUGAUGCCACAGAUUUUCAAGUUGGUGAGGAACUUCUAAAGCGUAUCGUGCUUGUACAUCUAGACGAGAACAACGAGGACAAAGCGCGCAUGUUGCUAUUUAUGAUUCGGAAACUUUACUCUUUGGUAGCCGGCGAAUGUUCCCCAGACAAUCCAGAUGCUACUCAGCAUCAAGAGGUUCUUUUGGGCGGUUUUCUGUAUGGUAUGAUCAUGAAAGAAAAAAUCGAAGAAUAUUUGCAGAACAUUAGACUCCAAAUCCAGUCAGAUGUGGGUCGCGGGCUUGCAGUCAAUUUCAAGGACCGCAAGUACAUGUCAAGAGUCUUGAUGAGAGUCAAUGACAACAUCGGUGCUAAGCUGCAGUAUUUCCUUUCAACUGGUAACUUGGUUUCCCAAUCUGGUCUCGACUUGCAACAGGUCUCCGGUUAUACCGUUGUUGCUGAGAAAAUUAACUUUUACCGUUUCAUCUCGCAUUUCAGAAUGGUACACAGAGGUUCGUUUUUCGCUCAAUUGAAGACCACUACUGUCAGAAAGCUACUUCCCGAAUCAUGGGGAUUCCUGUGUCCUGUACACACUCCAGAUGGUUCUCCGUGCGGUUUGCUAAAUCAUUUUGCGCAUCGGUGUAAAAUUUCAACAUCUCAGUCAGACGUAUCUGGAAUUCCUGCUUUGCUGUACUCCCUAGGUGUAGCACCGGCUUCCCAUACCUUCGCGGCGGGACCUUCCCUCUGCUGUGUUCAGAUAGACGGUAAAAUAAUUGGAUGGUGCUCUCACGAACAGGGAAAAAUUAUCGCUGACACUUUGCGGUUCUGGAAGGUAGAGGGAGAGACUGCUGGUUUACCAUUGGAUUUGGAGAUUGGCUACGUUCCACCCUCUUCUCGUGGUCAAUACCCAGGUCUUUACAUUUUUGGAGGACAUUCAAGAAUGAUGCGCCCAGUCAAGUACCUACCUCUUGGCAAGGAAGAUAUAGUCGGACCUUUUGAACAAGUGUACAUGAACAUCGCAGUUACUCCUCAAGAGAUCGGAAAUAACAUUCACACCCAUGUCGAAUUUACUCCAACGAACAUCCUUUCUAUCUUGGCUAACUUGACACCGUUCUCCGAUUUCAAUCAAUCUCCAAGAAACAUGUAUCAAUGUCAAAUGGGUAAGCAAACCAUGGGUACUCCUGGUGUGGCGCUAUGCCACCGCUCAGACAACAAGCUCUACAGGCUGCAAACGGGUCAAACGCCAAUAGUCAAGGCCAACCUGUACGACGACUACGGUAUGGAUAACUUCCCCAAUGGUUUUAAUGCAGUUGUUGCAGUUAUUUCAUACACUGGUUACGAUAUGGACGAUGCCAUGAUUAUCAACAAAUCUGCUGAUGAAAGAGGCUUUGGGUAUGGUACCAUGUACAAGGUUGAAAAGAUAGACCUGUCAUUGAACAGAAGUCGAGGAGACCCUAUAACUCAACACUUCGGGUUUGGGGACGAUGAGUGGCCUAAGGGCUGGUUGGAGAAACUGGAUGAUGAUGGUCUACCUGUCAUCGGAACUUACGUCGAAGAAGGAGACCCGGUUUGUGCGUACUUCGAUGACACGCUAAACAAGACGAAAAUCAAGACGUAUCACUCUUCGGAACCAGCUUACAUCGAGGAAGUCAAUUUGAUAGGUGACGAAUCAAGUAAGUACCAAGAACUACAGACUGUCUCCAUCAAAUACCGCAUAAGAAGAACUCCACAGAUUGGUGACAAGUUUUCGUCGAGACAUGGUCAGAAGGGUGUUUGUUCUAGAAAAUGGCCAACUGUCGAUAUGCCUUUCAGUGAAAGCGGUAUCCAGCCGGACAUCAUUAUCAAUCCACACGCUUUCCCCUCUCGUAUGACAAUCGGUAUGUUUGUAGAGUCCCUAGCAGGUAAAGCCGGUGCUCUUCACGGUACGGCACACGAUGCGACGCCUUGGACUUUCAGCGAGCAGGAUACCCCUGCCGAUUACUUUGGUGAACAGCUCAAGGAUGCGGGCUACAACUAUCACGGUAACGAACCCAUGUAUUCUGGUGCCACUGGUGAAGAACUGAGGGUUGACAUUUACAUUGGUGUCGUCUACUAUCAGAGACUGCGUCACAUGGUUAACGACAAAUUCCAAGUGCGUUCCACUGGUCCCGUCAACAGCUUAACCAUGCAACCGGUCAAGGGUAGAAAGAGACACGGUGGUAUCCGUGUGGGUGAAAUGGAAAGAGACGCUUUGAUUGGUCACGGUACCUCGUUCCUACUUCAAGACCGUUUACUCAACUGCUCGGAUUACACACAGACCCCAGUCUGUCGCGAAUGUGGUGCAUUGCUAACGACGCACUACAGUGUCCCACGUAUCGGUUCCCAGGCUACCAUGCGCUGCCGCCGCUGUGCUGUGAAGUUUGACGACGCCAAGAAACUGGUUUCUCAAUACCAAGGCGACGACCAGAUUUUCAUCGACGAUGCUCACAUAUGGGAGGACGGCCAAGGCAACAAAUUCGUUGGCGGUGGUGAUACCACAACUGUUGCUAUUCCAUUUGUGUUGAAGUAUCUGAACUCGGAGCUUUCCGCCAUGGGUAUCAACCUGCGGUUCAACGUGGAGCCCAAAUGA